GGGACGGCUGCAACUCAGAUAGACUCUGCAAAAUUAUGGGGAAAGUUGAGAUGUUUGAGCACCUCAUGUCAGUGGUUAGCGUGAACAUACGCGUCAUGGUUGCUGGACCCUGAGCGCAUUUCAUGGCUACGUCAACGCUUAAUCCACAACCAUAUACACCGCGCCUACCCCAAUAUCCGCCGUACCAACAAUUACCUAUUCGCUCUCACAUAACCAAUUUAACGAUACGUCGAGACGGCCACAUUCAAAACUGCAAAAAUGUCCUCCAACUCGCUCAACUACCCACUGCUCGCCAUCCCGGCCUACUAUGUCUUCUUUCUCGUCCCGCACAUGUACGCUGGUAGCAUCCUCUCCGCCAAUGGUUACAAGGUCAACAACGCAAACCCCAAGGCUUCGUUGUCACCAGAUGCCGUGAAGGGCAAGGUUCCCGAUGCUGUCUUCCAGAAGUACCAGCGUGCCGAGAAUGCCCAGUCCAACAACAUUGAGCAACUGCCCCUCUUCGCUGUUGCCGUCAUCGCCAGCAUCAUCGCCGAGCGCACCACCGCAACUGGAAUCGGACGGGAGGUCGUCUCAGGCGAUGCAACAGGCUUGACAACAUUCGUAUCAGCUUUCUUUGCAAUCAGGGCGGCGUACGCUGUUUCAUAUGUGCAGAUUGCCGACCACUCGAAGAGCUUUAUCAGGAGCAGCUUUUGGGCAAUUGGUUUCGGGCUAUCUGCAUACCAGAUCUACAAGGCUGCUGCGAUCCUGGGUUAGAAGUAGAGGGAGACAAAGUACUGCAAUGAGCAGGAAGAGCAUGACACAUCAUAUUCGAUUCAGGAACUCGAUAACAAUAAUACAAUACCAACCAAUCGAAUCUUCGAGAGCGCGCAAUGAAUACUUGCAUGAUAUGAGUGUAAUAUGGUUGGAAUGGCAACCAGAAGAAGGCCAGUAUGUACUGGAUUUACGACCAAUUUCAACAGAGAAAAGGCGCGGCACGGAAAAGCCGUACACUUACUCUGUUGAGGGAGCUUCACCUACGUCAUCGUACAUAUGCGCAUGCGA